GUCAGCCAACUGUCACUUUUAUUUUGUUGUUUGUAGUCUGUACUGGAAUUUUUGUGAAAUAUUUCUCCCAAUUAAAUUAAAUUUAAAUAAAAAUCCGUAAAAAUGUUUUCAAGUGGUCCAAAUUAUACAAAACUCAAAACUAAUUUACGUCUAGCAUUGAAUCGUCUUAAAUUGCUAGAAAAGAAAAAAGCCGAAUUAGCACAAAAAGCACGCAAAGAAAUCGCUGAUUAUCUUGCAACUGGAAAAACAGAAAGGGCAAAAAUAAGGGUGGAACAUAUAAUUAGGGAAGAUUACUUAGUUGAAGCAAUGGAAAUUGUUGAAAUGUAUUGCGACUUAUUACUUGCCCGAUUUGGUCUAGUGACUCAAAUGAAGGAACUCGAUGAUGGCAUUGCCGAAGCUGUUUACAGUCUGGUUUGGGUGUCAUUACGUUUGCAAAGUGACAUUAAUGAAUUGAAAGUUAUAUCCGAAGUUUUUAUGCAAAAAUAUGGACCAGUGUUCACUGAGCGGGCAAGAACUGCCACUGGAGAGCAUCAUGUCUCUGAGAAGCUUAUGCAUAAACUAAACAUUCAGGCACCACCAAAGUUAUUAGUGGAGAAAUAUCUAAUUGAAAUUGCUAAAAAUUACAACAUCGAAUAUGAACCAGAUCCACAAGUGAUGCAAGAAGAGAAACCAUCAGGAAAUGACAACUGCCUGAUUGACUUGUCGGACAGAAACAACUUAAGUGGAGGUCCACCACCUCCUCAUGUUGGAUUCAUUGGCUAUCCAAAUAUGCCACAGCUUCCACAGAUGCCCGAUCCACCAUCGACGAAGCCAUUCAACUAUCCUCCUCCCUAUGGAGGCGGUGGUGGUGGAGGAGGAAGUGGAGGUGUUGCUGGUGGCUUUUCAUACUCAGGACCAAGUCCAUCUGGUCCUCCACCAUUUGCUUAUAAUAUUCCACCGAAUCCAUCAAAUAACAGUUCGGAAAAGAAAGAUCUUAACAUCAAUUCCGACUUCCUUCAGGGGGAAAGCAAUAAUUUCCCUGGUUCAAGCCCCAAAAAUGGGAGCCCUGAUGAUAAUCUUUUGCAAGAGAAAAAUACUUUACAACCCGAUGCACCUCCACCCCGUUAUUCAUCGCUAGAUCCUUAUAAUUUGCAGAAUUCAUCUGCACCAAAACCCAAGCCAAGGUCAAAGAAUAUAAAUGGACCUAGUGCUCCACCAUCGAAUAUGGAAAUGCCAAAUUUACCAAAUGUACCAGCCGAUUUGCCUGAUGUUCCUAAUGAUGGCGGAAAGAAGUCGGACGAUGAUGAUAUUGAUUUUGAUUAUUUGUCACGUCGUUUUGAGGAAUUGAAGAAGAUGAAAUAGAAAAGGCAGGGAUAUUUUCUAAGAGAAAGAGGGAUCUUUUAUCUAUUAUUAUGCAUUGAUUUGAGAUUUUCUUUUGUUCCGUAAAUGUUCCAACUAUAAAUAUAAAUACAAUACAUAUAUAUAUCAUGUUUCAAUAACAAUUUAUUAAUCAUAAUUAUGAGAUGCUAUUAUAUAUUUUUCGUUAAAAAUAAAAUAAGCUCAAUAAG